GUUAAUGAUGAAACCCAUACAAGUAGAAAGCAGAAAGCAAAAGUGCAAAAAGGUCCUUCAAACUAUAAAUUAAUAUGGCCACUGCACCUUUUGGAGAAGAGAGAAUAAAAACACUUGUAACCCAACAAAUGGCGUCGUUUCUAUCUCUCUGCUAUGUUUACAACUAGAAGCAUAACACAGCACAAUACACGCUCCUCUUCUUCUACUACUCCUCCUCUCUCACCAAAACUCAAUUUCUUCUUCUUCUUCUUCUUCUUCUUCUUCUGCUGCUGCUGUUGUAAUGGCAACAGCUAUUUUUCUCUUCUCUAUUUGUUAUUAUUACGCCACCUUCUUUUUAUUCUUAAGUGACGCCGUUCCAUUGUCAGAGAUCCAAGCUUUGACCUCCUUCAAGCAGAGCCUCCACGAUCCACUUGGCGCAUUAGACGGCUGGGAUGUUUCCACGCCCUCAGCUCCAUGUGACUGGCGCGGCAUUGUCUGUUAUAGCAACCGAGUUCGCGAACUCCGUUUACCUCGCCUUCAACUCGGUGGAAGCAUCACUCCCCAGCUUGCUAACUUGCGCCAGUUGCGCAAGUUAAGUCUACAUUCUAACAACUUUAACGGCUCCAUCCCUCCUUCUCUUUCUCAAUGCCCUCUUUUACGAGCUGUUUACUUUCAAUAUAACUCCCUCUCCGGUAACCUUCCGUCUUCAAUCCUUAACCUUACUAAUAUUCAAGUCCUUAACGUAGCUCACAAUUUCUUUUCCGGAAAUAUCCCUACCGAUAUAUCACAUUCACUUAAAUACUUGGAUAUCUCGUCUAAUUCCUUCUCCGGUGAAAUACCGGGAAACUUGUCGUCAAAAUCUCAACUUCAACUCAUCAAUUUAUCGUAUAAUAAAUUAUCCGGUGAGAUUCCAGCCAGUAUCGGUCAACUUCAAGAACUGAAAUACUUAUGGCUAGACUAUAAUAAUCUGUACGGUACUUUACCAUCGGCAAUAGCUAACUGUUCUUCCCUCAUACAGUUAAGUGCGGAAGAUAAUAAGCUUAGAGGUUUGAUUCCACCGACUAUUGGUUCAAUUCUCAAACUGGAAGUGCUCUCAUUAUCGAGCAAUGAACUUUCUGGUUCUAUUCCAGCCAAUAUCUUUUGUAGGGUUUUUGGUAAUGUUUCUUCGUUGAGGAUUGUUCAGUUAGGGGUUAAUGCAUUCACGGGUAUUGUUAAAAAUGAAAGAGGAGGAGGAGGAGGGUGUGUUAGUGUUUUAGAGGUUUUGGAUAUUCACGAGAAUCGCAUACAAAGUGUGUUUCCGUCUUGGUUGACUAAUUUGACUUGGCUUAGAUACAUUGAUCUUUCUGGAAACUUCUUUUUUGGUUCUUUCCCUGCUGGUCUCGGCAAUCUCUUGAGGUUAGAGGAGUUAAGAGUGAGUAAUAAUUCAUUAACUGGUAAUAUUCCUUCCCAAAUUGCACAAUGCAGUAAAUUGCAAGUUCUUGAUCUUGAAGGGAAUAGGUUUCUGGGUGAGAUUCCUGUGUUCUUGAGUGAAUUAAAGAGAUUAAAGUUGCUAUCUUUAGGUGGAAAUAGGUUUGUGGGUGACAUUCCUAAGGGUCUUGGAGGUCUUUUUGAGCUUGAUACUUUGAAAUUGAAUAACAACAAUCUCACAGGAAAAUUGCCAGAGGAGUUAUUGAAUUUGAGUAAUUUGACUUCUUUGAGUCUUGGUUACAAUAAAUUUUCUGGGGAGAUUCCUUAUAACAUAGGGGAGCUGAAAGGCUUGAUGCUUUUGAAUUUGAGUUCUUGUGGGCUUUCAGGGAGGAUUCCUGCGAGUAUUGGGAGUUUGUUAAAACUUAACACUCUGGAUUUAAGUAAGCAGAAUUUAUCUGGGGAAUUGCCAAUUGAGCUAUUUGGGUUGCCUAGUUUGCAGGUUGUUGCGUUGGAAGAGAAUAAGUUAGCUGGGGAUGUUCCUGAAGGUUUUAGUAGCUUAGUUAGUCUACAGUAUCUCAAUGUCAGUUCCAAUUCAUUUACUGGUGUGAUUCCUGCAACCUAUGGAUUUCUAAGUUCAUUAGUUAUUCUCUCACUCUCUUGGAAUCAUGUUUCGGGUGGGAUACCUCCAGAGCUUGGAAACUGUUAUAGUCUUGAAGUUCUUGAACUUCGCUCGAACCAUUUGAAGGGCAGCAUUCCAGGUGAUAUCUCUCGCUUAUCUCAUUUGAAGAAGCUUGAUCUUGGCCGGAACAAUUUAACUGGUGAAAUCCCAGAGGAGAUUUACAGAUGCUCCUCUCUUAUUUCUCUUUUCCUGGAUGGUAAUCAGCUUUCAGGCCAUAUACCAGAGUCAUUGUCGAGGUUGUCCAACCUAAGCAUCUUGAAUCUUUCCUCCAACAGUUUGAAUGGUGUCAUUCCAGCAAAUCUUUCACAAAUAUAUGGCCUGAGAUACUUAAAUUUAUCAAGUAAUAAUCUUGAAGGGGAGAUUCCACGAUCACUCGCCUCUCAUUUUAAUGACCCCUCUGUAUUUGCUAUGAAUGGAGAAUUAUGUGGGAAGCCACUGGGUAGAGAAUGCACCAAUGUAAGGAACAGAAAAAGGAAGAGAUUGUUUCUGUUAAUUGGUGUUACUGUAGCUGGUGGUUUCCUUUUACUACUGUGUUGCUGUGGCUAUAUUUACAGCCUCUUACGUUGGCGCAAGAGGCUCAGAGAAGGGUUAAAUGGUGAAAAGAAGCCAAGCCCAGCAAGAACAAGCUCAGGAGCGGAAAGGAGUCGUCGAAGUGGAGAGAAUGGAGGGCCGAAACUUGUCAUGUUCAAUAACAAGAUAACAUAUGCAGAGACAUUAGAGGCAACAAGGCAAUUUGAUGAGGAAAAUGUGUUGAGCAGGGGAAGAUAUGGACUCGUAUUCAAGGCCUCGUAUCAAGAUGGAAUGGUGCUCUCAAUCCGCCGUCUCCCUGAUGCAUCAAUUGAUGAAGGCACAUUUCGCAAAGAAGCAGAAUCAUUAGGAAAGGUGAAGCAUAGAAAUUUAACAGUUUUACGUGGCUACUAUGCAGGACCACCUCCUGAUGUGAGGUUACUUGUUUAUGAUUAUAUGCCUAAUGGUAAUCUAGCUACUCUCCUUCAAGAAGCCUCCUACCAAGACGGUCAUGUCCUAAACUGGCCUAUGCGUCACUUAAUUGCUCUAGGCAUUGCUCGUGGCCUAGCUUUCUUACAUUCACUCUCAAUGGUCCACGGUGAUAUCAAACCACAAAAUGUUCUUUUUGAUGCCGACUUUGAAGCACAUUUAUCUGAAUUUGGGCUUGAAAAGUUAACCAUACCAACACCAGCAGAAGCUUCAAUCUCUUCCACCCCGAUUGGGUCAUUAGGCUAUUUUUCACCAGAAGCAGCAUUAACAGGACAACCCACAAAAGAAGCUGAUGCAUACAGUUAUGGGAUUGUAUUAUUAGAGAUCCUGACAGGAAGGAAACCAGUUAUGUUUACCCAAGAUGAAGAUAUUGUGAAGUGGGUUAAAAGGCAAUUACAAACUGGCCAAGUAUCAGAACUACUGGAACCAGGAUUGCUUGAGCUAGACCCCGAGUCAUCAGAAUGGGAAGAGUUCUUGUUAGGAGUCAAAGUUGGGCUUCUUUGCACAGCACCUGAUCCGCUUGACAGACCAUCAAUGGCUGAUAUUGUGUUCAUGCUAGAAGGCUGUAGGGUCGGACCAGAUAUUCCCUCAUCAGCUGAUCCCACUACAUUGCCUUCUGCUGUUUGAACAUUUUUUUUUUCUUUUUUGAAACAGAAGUAUCAUUCUUGAUUAAUAUUUUUUGUUAUAAAGUUUGUUUAUGUCUCAAUUCAUCAAA